GUGUUUGCUUACGAUCACUGCUUUUGGUCUAUGGAUGAAUCUGUCCAAGAAAAAUAUGCAGGUCAAGAUGUUGUUUUCAAGUGCCUUGGGGAGAAUAUUCUUCAGAAUGCCUUUGAAGGCUAUAAUGCUUGCAUCUUUGCCUAUGGGCAGACUGGAUCUGGAAAAUCAUACACAAUGAUGGGUACUGCUGACCAGCCUGGAUUAAUCCCUAGACUUUGCAGUGGACUCUUUGAAAGAGCACAGAAAGAGGAGAAUGAAGAGCAGAGUUUCAAAGUGGAAGUCUCCUACAUGGAGAUCUACAAUGAGAAAGUCAGAGAUCUUCUUGACCCAAAAGGAAGGGUGAUUUGGGUAAGCCGUCAGUCAUUAAAAGUUAGAGAACACAGUGUUUAUGGUCCUUACGUAGAUGGCCUAUCCAAACUAGCUGUUGCUAGCUACAAGGACAUCGAGUCCUUGAUGUCUGAGGGCAACAAAUCUCGAACAGUGGCUGCAACCAACAUGAAUGAGGAGAGCAGUCGGUCCCAUGCAGUCUUCAAGAUUAUCCUCACCCACACACUCUAUGAUGUACAAUCAGGGACGUCGGGCGAGAAGGUGGGCAAGCUGAGUCUGGUGGACUUAGCAGGUAGUGAAAGGGCAACUAAGACUGGUGCUGCAGGAGACAGGCUGAAAGAAGGAAGCAACAUUAACAAAUCCCUCACAACUCUUGGGCUGGUUAUUUCUGCCCUGGCAGAUCAGGCUGCUGGCAAGAACAAGAACAAAUUUGUUCCUUAUCGUGAUUCUGUGCUCACUUGGUUACUUAAAGAUAGCCUUGGUGGUAACAGCAAGACUGCCAUGGUAGCAACGGUAAGCCCAGCAGCCGACAACUAUGAUGAGACCCUUUCAACCCUGAGGUACGCAGACCGGGCCAAGAACAUCGUUAAUCAUGCCGUGGUGAACGAAGACCCCAACGCUCGCAUUAUCCGGGAGCUUCGUGAGGAAGUGGAGAAGCUGCGAGAACAGCUCACAAAAGCAGAG